AUGCAACAACACAUACUACCGACGCCGCCAUCGUCCUCCGACGGCUUCUCUCAACGACCAACGGCCAUGAUGGACGCACACACCUCCCACACUCAAGGCACCAUGAGUCCAGAACAGAGUUUCGCUGGUUAUCCAUAUGCCACGCGAUAUUCCACUCCCGUCCGCGAGGAUGACUCUUCAGUGUACGAGCCAUCCACAGUCUACUCUCAAAGAAGUGAUGUUUCAUUUAUAGGUUACGGUGGAGGCCUAGGAAUUACCAGUAAUCCAUAUGGACCUUUGCCUGAUGAAGUUGGCUACAAUGCUCAUCUUCCGUAUACCCCUGAGGCAUCACCCUCAGCGCCCUGCCAAACUAGCGAGGCCAUCACAACCCGCAGUGGGCUCAGCAUCGCUAAGAAGUCGCUCACGACUAGAACACCAGCCGUGAAAAGUGGCCGAGUGCAGAAGAGAAGCCGCGCUGAGAAAGCCAGGAAUGCAUCUAACAUUGUUUCGAAACCACUUUCCGAAUCUGCUAAAGACUUUCCCAACAUCCACGUUGCUGAUAUCGAGACCUUUGUCAAUCGGUCUGCCGAAACAAGACUCUCGGAAACCUCACGCAACAAAAAACAAGGACAGAUCAAGCGCCCUAUGAAUGCCUUCAUGCUUUACCGAAAAGCAUACCAGGACGUUGCCAAGACGCAGUGUGCUCAAAAUAACCACCAACAUGUGUCAAAGGUCUGUGGCGCAGCAUGGGUCUUGGAACCAGUCCAACUCAAAGAGGCAUUCGAUCAGUGGGCUAGGAUUGAGCGCGUGAACCACCAGCGAGCACAUCCCGGAUACAAGUUCACGCCCUCGAAACCGAAAAAGGCCAAACAGGGCGAUGAUGGAGAUGAGGAGUAUUCGGACAACGACUCAGAAUGGAACGGCAGGCGCGGGCUUUCCAACGCAGCGCGAAAGUCCAGGUAUCGUCAAGUCUCACGACUGGGCGAAGCCUCUCCUACCGCCUUUGAUGCCGUUAACAGCUCUAUGAGCGAUCCAUCAACCGCACCCUACCAUGAUGUGUACGCUCACACCCAUCAUGACAGACCUCAUGUUCUCCCAUAUGAUCAGGUGGUGUCGAACCCAUAUGGCAUGAGUAUGCGCCAGUACAACGGCCUAGGCAUCAGCAGCGAGAUGACUAGCAGAGCCGCUUCCCCUGUAGAAUUGGAAUACUCGAUUCAUGGCCUGGAUGGGUUUGCCCACAACUACUACGGUGCCCCCCUAUCAACUUUUGACAAUGCACCAACUCCUCUGUUCGGGUCAAAUCCGUAUGACACAUACGAUGGGCUCCCCGCAGGCGCUACCCCAUUGGGACAAGAAGGUUGGAUUCCGCAGAUAGAGACUGACCACGACAUGAUGCCUGUGACGGCUGGGUAUGAAGAAACUACAGCACAAGACGCUUACCUCAAAGGCAACAAGGACGAUUGGAAAGUUGAAGUGAUGGAUGAACCAGGUCACUUCGAGGAUUGGUAUGCGCAGACCGAACAAGGUCUCUAG